GUGAAAUAUUGGUGCAGAGGGUAUGAUGGGGAUUCAUGUACUCCCACAGUACACACUGACUCUCCACAGGAGGGUAAAAUGUCAACCAAAGAUGAUCCUGACCAGAGAGUCUUCACUGUGACCAUCAGCAAUCUGACAGCUGAGGACUCUGAUGACUACUGGUGUGGUGUGAAGAUCAGUGGAGAUACAGAUGUUGGAGAUGAGGUUUACUUGUCGGUCACUAAUGAUUCCCCAGAGCUGUCAGUGGACAAACAGGAGGUGACGGGUGUGGAAGGAGACAGUGUCACUGUUCAGUGUCGCUAUACAUACGAUUAUGGUCAGAAGCUGUGGUGUAAGUUUGGGGGCUUCUGUGUAUCAGAGAGAUCUGUGAGUUUGGAUGGGAGGCCCGUCCAGAUCAGGGAUGACAGAGUAAACAGAGUCUUCAGUGUGACAGUGGGACUGGAGAGGAAGGACAAUGGCUGGUACUGGUGCGCUAAUGGAAUCCAGCAAAUCCCAGUUCAUAUUACUGUCAGUCAGACAACUACAACCACAACCAGCACUGAACAAACCACAGUCCUUACUCCAGAUUUCGCUUCUGUCUCAGUGACCUACAAGCCUUCUGCUCCUGGAUCGACCCCCACAGGAGCGAAUGAUAAGGAGCAAAGCUCUUUGGUCCAGCUGGCUCUGUAUGUAGGACUGGGCUCAUCGGUGCUGCUUUUGGUCAUCAUCAUCAUUACAUGGAAAGUGUGGGACAAACACAAGAAAAAAACAGCCAGGAACCAAAACCCAGGAAGCACAGAAAUGAGAUUGAACCCAGACCAUGAAUAUUCAGCUGUACACAGAACUGGUAUCAGAAGACCCCCUCCGAGGCAGGUCUCUGUGGAGCCUGGUCUUCAUGUGACCUACAGCUCCAUUGUCCUGUCAGGCCCAGAGCAGGUGUCCUCUAGAUGUUCUUCACACCGUCCUGCUGUGACCCCAGCCAAUGAUGUGGUCUACAGCUCAGUCGCCCGGAAGCACAGAAAGUAGGGGGCAGCGACACAAAGAGGCUCCUCUACAUGUGGGGAGCUGCUGCUCAGGAUGAGAGCUGUGAGGGACACGCAGAUACUCCAGUGAUGGGGAGGGAUCAUCACCAGAGAGGAACAUCUUACAGUGAUGUGAGCUGUAUUUACAUGGCAUGCAGCACUGUCACAUUACAGUGUGACAGUAAGAAUCAGCCAGUGAGAAACACACAUUCAUGGCUGUUCUGCAUCUGAACCUUAACUGAGGUGCUAUUUGUCUCACUUGUAUAUUGCUUUGCAGAAAUUAAAAUUUCAUUAAAAUAGA